ACUUACGACUGAAGCAGAACAACUCUGCAACCCAAGAUCUACUCGCUCGGUGACAUAUUUCGUCACUGAGCACAGAAACGGUAAAAACUGCAGAGGAAUUAAACCAGUUGCUGGCUUUCUUUGCCUUUCGGCUCUUUGAUUGGCAGAGAAGCAAUUAGUAAGCCAUUUCAUUUCUUUCAUAAAUUCCCAGGAGAUCCAAACACAAACAACCAUUCGGAUCCGACAAAAUGAAUAUAUUCAGAUUAGCGGGUGACAUGACCCACCUGGCCAGCGUCCUCGUCUUGCUCCUCAAGAUCCACACAAUCAAAUCUUGUGCCGGUAUUUCUUUGAAGACUCAAGAACUCUAUGCCGUUGUUUUCGCUACCCGCUACUUGGACAUUUUCACUGAUUUCAUAUCUGUAUAUAAUACCAUCAUGAAGUUGAUAUUCUUGGGGAGCUCAUUUUCGAUUGUUUGGUACAUUAGGCAGCACAAGAUUGUUCGCAGGUCCUAUGAUAAGGACCAAGACACCUUCCGCUAUGUUUUUAUUGUGCUGCCAUGCAUAUUCUUCGCCCUAAUAAUCAAUGAGAAGUUCACCUUCAAGGAGGUCAUGUGGACAUUUUCAUUGUAUUUAGAAGCCGUUGCUAUACUUCCUCAGCUUGUGCUGUUACAGAGAACGAGAAACAUUGACAACUUGACUGGGCAAUAUGUAUUUCUUCUUGGAGGAUACCGAGCGUUAUACAUUCUCAACUGGAUUUACCGUUACUUCACUGAACCACACUAUGUCCAUUGGAUACCAUGGAUUGCCGGGAUUGUUCAAACACUGCUAUAUGGUGACUUCUUCUACUAUUAUUUCCACAGCUGGAAAAACAACAAAAAGCUCCAGCUACCGGCAUGAGUUCGUUCAACCACCCUUUACUCAGAGCUCAGUUUAGCUUUUCAUUCAUGCUCUUAGGAUAUGCAAAAGGAUUAGAUACGUUGCUCAGGAUAUAUGCUUAUUAUUGGACUGUCAAAACUCUGUGUUUUUGCCGUCUACACUGUUAUCAUGUUUCACAUGGCUUCUCAAAGCAACAACUGCUUUCAGUACUUUAGGAACAUAUACUUCUUAGAAUAUCAUGUUUUGGAGUCAUGAUAUAUAAUACUUCUCAGGCUUCUCAGAAUGUUUUACAUGUGUGUCAUGAAAUUCAAUCUUAACCGCAAUAUUUAUUUCAAUAUUCGAGGUUCCCAUUAGCCAAAUACAAAGUCGGAAAAACACAUCUAACCUAACACAAAGAAACCUCAAAUUCACAUACAUUUUCUUUUAAAUAUAGAUUGAAUGCUCCCUAGUAAGAACAAAGUAUAAGAUUUACCCAACUUGCAGUUCAUGAAAAAAAAAAAA